AUGAUUCAUCCGUUGGGUCUUUUCGUCUUCUUAACGGCCUGGGUGCCCGAGCCACUUGCGAUUAAGCUCGCGCUGGCGGUGCCGUCUGCGGCAAUCCUCCUCUUUUUCUCUGCUCUCCUGACCCGCACGGAGGACAGCGGCGAUGUACCCGUUAGACUUUCAGUAUGCCCGCUAUUUUCAAUCGCUCCGUUCUUCCGCAGGCGUUUCGACUUUCUCAAGAGAGGCUUCGAGGUAACCGGCGAGUCAAUAUACCAAUUCAAGCUCCUAACAAAAACUAUCACUGUCGUCUCCGGUCCAAAGGCCAGACAUGACUUCUUCGCGGCGAAGGAACUCGACCUCAACGCGGGCUUUCAAGCCCUUUCUGCGACUAUCCCUCACAUACCAGGCCUGGCGUCGGAUUUGGGCAAGCGCAGGAUUGCACUGAUACAUCGCAGGCUGGCCGCGGCACAGAGCAGCGAACGGCUCGAACAACUCAUCCCUCAAAUUCUAGAUGAUGCCUGGAGAAUAAUGGAUUUGUGGGGACGACCAAGAAAGAUUGAUCCUUUUGUUGCAAUACCGCAGAUCACCUUUCAGACAAACCUCCGCUCUCUCACCUGCGCCGAGCUCGCAGACGAUGCACUACUUGGUGCGCGGCUCAAGCAGCUAUACGACACGCUCGACACUGCGACUACUCCGGCCAGCGUGUUGUUUCCGUGUUUUCCCACCCCGAACGCGGUAAGACGAGUGCUGGCAUCGAGAGCGAUUUAUAAGAUCGUCGGCCGGGCAAUUGACGGGAGGAUCAAGGGGGAAAGCAGGGGGAGCGACGAUACGUUGCAAAUGUUGGCGGAAUGUGGAGAUGAGAGGAUAGUGAUGAUUGGGUUUAUCAUGGGCCUGCUUGUCGCGGGUGCGCGAUCGACGGGGGCGACCGCGUCAUGGCUAGUCACCUUCCUGGCGGGGCAUCCCGAAUGGUUGGCGAAAGCAAGAACAGAACUCCUCAACCUCCUGCUCGAGCAUGGCGCCCCACUACCCUCCUCUUCUCUUCCGCAAUUUCCGUCACGGCCACCAACGACAUCUUCUACACCACUAUUCACUCCCGCGCAUUCCCCAUCUCCUUGCCCACCCAACGCGUCCGACUUGAUGUCCUCACACCCUCCCACCAACAUCGCCUCUCCCUGUUUCCUUUCCGCCUCUCUCGCCUCCCUCCCCCUGUCGGCCUGGGAAUCCCAUACGCCGAUCCUCGACGCCGCCAUCCGCGAGACACUCCGGCUCGCACAACCUCACGUCGCGCUUCGCCAGCACACCGGAGCGCACGAUAUUCACGUGGGCGGGCGGAGGGUGCGCCCGGGUGAGUACGUAGUGUAUCCGCUCGCAGAUGCCCAUCUGGUCGAGGGGACGGGCAGCUGGGAGCCGGGAAGGUGGAUGCGUGGAGGGAAGGGGGACGGAGGAAUGGAGUGGAUUGGCUGGGGCGCGGGUCGGACGCCUUGCCUCGGCCAGCGGCUCGCGCGACUACAGCUCAAGCUCGUCGCGGCGCUGUUCGUGCUUGGAUUCGAGCGUCUGCGCGUCGAAGAUGGAAGCGGGCGCAUGUUGGAGGGUGCGGAACUGCCUGAGCCGGAUUGGAAUGAUCUGCUAGGAUGUAAACCGAAGGGAAAGGCGUGUUGGCUGGGUUGUGAGAGGUCGGAGGAUGAUAGUCGGUGCUGAGCGCUGAUCUCCAGGCUAUAGUUCUGGCAUCAUUCAGGAUUGUAUUCGUUAGCUGUUACAUGGACGGACUAUGUUCGCCAUUCAAAAUCUCGCCUUACGUCUCCGCCUGACAUGCUGCACUCCAAUCUAAAUUUAUGAUGCGC